AUGGAUCAGCAAGCCAGUAACGCCGCCGUCUCUUCCGAACGAACCAUCUCGGUUCCAGGCGUGACGGCUCCUACGGCAAAUCUUUCGCUUUCCGCUACUCACCAUUUUGUUUCGGUGAAGCUCACGUCCCGCAACUAUUUGUUCUGGCGGACUCAGUUGGUGCCUUUUCUCAAUGGUGAGGGUUUGCUUGGCUUUGUUGAUGGCACGUAUCCUUGUCCUUCUGUCGCCCCCGUCAUUGCUGUUUCUCCUGAUGCUACUGUCGUCGAGUCUGCUGGCCCCGACCCAUCUGUUGCUCGUGCGGCGUGGUUGCAGCAAGACCAAGCAGUCCUUUCGAUGCUAAUCUCCUCUCUCUCGGAAGAGGUUAUGCAUCAUGCGGUGGGUCGGUCGACGUCCCGACAGGUUUGGCUGGCGAUUGAACGUGCUCUUGGGUCGACCACUCGCGCACGUAUUCUCCGUUUACUUGGACAGCUGCAGAGUCUUCAGCAAGGGACUAAGUCAGUAGCCGACUACCUUGGUCGUGCGCUGGUCAUAGUCGAUGACUUGGCCUUGGCCGGUCACCAUGUUUCAUUGGAUGACCAGAAUUUGUAUGUUUUUCGCGGGUUGCGCUCGGAGUAUCGACCUCUUGCGGCGACUCUGACGACAGGUGAGUCGGUCUCCCUUACUGAGCUCGCAGAUUUUCUGGUUGCGCACGAGUUUAUUUGUGCUAACGAUGGUGCUGUUGGGGGGUCCUCUGGUCCCGCGGUGAUGGUUGUGCAGCGUGGCGGCAGGUCUGGUGGCCGAAAUAGUCGGGGUGGCCGUGGGCAGCAUGGUCAUGGUCAUAGUCAGAAUCGCGGUGGUGGUGGCCACUCUUAUGUUCCGCGGUGUCAGUUGUGCCAUGCCUAA